CGGUUUUUGUCCCCGCACUUUACCUCGUGCGUUCUCGGCCAGCUGGAAAGGAGGGCGCCAGAGAGAGAUUCCUCCACAGCCGAGGAAGCGGCGGCAGGUGGCUGGAGCCUCCCGGACAGCGGUCACCGCCUCUCCCUCCGCGGCUCCCACGCCCGUCGUCCGCCCUGGCCGUAGCGGGCAUGGCUGAAUUCUUGAACCAAGCCGCCGUGGUGGGCUUCCUUCGGGAACACGGCGGCAAGGUGCGCAAUUCGCUGCUGCUCGACCACUUCAAGCCGCUGCUGGACGUGCCCAAGGCGACGCCGGAGGUCCGAGCUGCUCUCCGCCAGCGCUUCAUCUACUUGGUCAACAGCGUGGCGGUCGUGCAGGUCUCGGAGGGGAUCAAGUUGGUCGUGCUCAGAAAAAGGCACCAGUUGGUCCCGGAUUCCUCCGAUGCGGAACCGAGAUCGUUCGCCUUCGGGGACCUGUCUGACGAGGAAACAGAAGGCGCCGAUUCUGGAGCGCCCGCUUGCCCUGCCGGCUUCGUGGCGCCUCGGAGCUCGCCUGGAGAGGAAGACCCUGAAGCGCAUCGGACGAUCCCUGUGAUCCAGUUGAAGAACCUCUUUCAAAGGGGAGGCUCGGAAAUCCUCAAAGUUCCCAGUGUCAAAGACCAUUUGGCCCCCAAAGGUGCCUCCCCAAAGCCCUGCAUGCUGCCAGUCCGCUCUGUGCCCCCUUCCAGCAACGCUAAGAGAUCUGAGGAAUUGAACCCUGAGCAAGACAGGAUCCCAGUCCAAGAUGCUCUCCAAGUGGCUCCCUCUGCCAUCCUCCCUUCUACCUCCCCUCAUACUAAGAGGCGGCAGCUAAAUGAAAUGGGGCCCAAAUCCCCUUCCCUGAGAAGGGGGUCAAAACCACUAAAGGUGGGCGAGGAAGCUGACAGCACGGCCGAUGUGCCCUUGGAACCUGCUGAGCACAAGUGGGUGGUGAACGUCACAGCCGGCCAGUGGUCCCAGCAACUUCAUGGCUUGCUGCUCAUUGACCUGAAUCUGGCGAGCAAAAGAGAUUUCAUGAGCGGCUUCACAGUUCUCCACUGGGCAGCUAAAAGUGGAAAUUGCAAAACGCUGAGCAAAGUCAUAGAAAUGGUUGAGAAAGGAGGUAUUCACGUUGAUGUAAAUGCUAAGUCCUUUGGGGGUUAUACUCCGCUCCAUAUUGCUGCUAUCCAUGGGCAGGAAGAAUUUAUUGCCCAGCUGGUCAAAGUUUACAAUGCCAAAGUCAAUUUAAGAGACUAUAGUGGGAAGAAACCGUUCCAGUAUUUAAAAGAAGGCUCUUCUUUUGCAGUCAGACAUCUCUUAAAUGACCCUGGUCUUCACACCAACACUGGACAGAACCCUUCCACCAAGAAGAACAUAAAAGUGGCUGCUUCUAUCUUGAGUUCCACCAGCACUGUCCUGGGGCUUUUAUCUGACGAUAUUGCCUUCUAUGAACUGACAAAAGGCUUGAAGAAACCUGCUCCUGUCAAUAAAUUUCUUAACAUAGCCACAGCCCCUAGGAGGAAGUUGAAAUCCAGAAGGGCUUUUUCUUCUUCUUCUUCUUCCUUGUCUCAGGCCCUGGAGGAAGAACAGAAUGAAACUGCAUCAAAACAUAGACCAAUUUCAGAAUUGUUCUUUGGUCACUUACCUCACUGACUUCGAGUAAUAUCAACAUUUAAUUAGACUUGGGAAGAUCUCACAUUCACAGAAAAAUAUUUUGCUUUGUAGUUUUGAAUAUGUUUCAAUUUAAGUCUAACCUAAGGAGGAAAAAGAAUCAUAGGAUUAUGAUUUAACUUGAUAGUUGCUGCUUUCCAGCAUUUGAUAAAACAGAUUUUUUUUUCAACCAAAUUUUCAUUUAUUAAAUGUGAAUUGUUGAAGUUUCAUCUGAAUUUUAUCCAUUGGGUGGGAGUUAUUUUUUUCCCCAAUAAAAGGUAAGAUUUAGGUGCAAAUUUCCAUGAAAAUCAGUUUAGUAAGGCAACAGUCCUGCAAUACUUGAGGGAAAAAUCCUAUUGAAAUCAGUGGACAGACUUCUGAGUAAGCACUGAUAGUAUCAAGAAUUGACAUAUAAGAUAUAUAUCAGAUAUAUAUUGACAUAUAAGAUAUAAGAUUAUUUUACUUUGAAACAAAAAUAUAUUUUAUUCAUGCAUGCUGUUCUCAAAAGUCUCUUAAAUGUCCUGUUGUGGGAACAAAAACAUUUUUAUCAUUUCUUGGUAUCCUAUCCUAUUCCAUUAAAGUAGAUUUAGCAAAUUCAUUUGUAGUAGCUCCCAUCUCCUAAUGAUGUGCCAUUUAUUAGGUUUGGAAAUGAUUUUUGUACAAUAAUUGAACAAGGUCCCAUUUUAUAUCAAUCUAUUUUUCAGCUGAUCUGAUUUAUGCAGUUGAAAAGAAAGCAACUGUAGUAAAGCUAUAUUUUUGUUUACAAUCUAAAACUUCAGACUGAUACUUUUCCAUUAACUUUUUAAAAAUAAAUUGGAAAAAGUAAACACGCAUGGCUUUUAAGGUUAAUGAAGGUUAAUUUAUUUUAUAAAAAAUUAAAAGCCUCUAUUAAAUAUGUUUAUGCAUUUACUAUGUGUAGAAUAUAAAAUGAAAUUAUAAAUCUAGCUCAUGCCAACUUUAAAACAAAAGAGAAGAUUAAUACCUCUACCUCACUGCAAUAGUUAUAUGACUAGUUAAGACUUUUUAUUUAGAAAAAGCAUACAAUCCUAAUUGCACAAUUAUUGCCUUCAGUUGAUAAUACAUUGGCAAUUAUAAUAUUCUGUCCUAAAAAACAUUUGAAAAUAUAGUAAGGAAAAUUCUAUUUAGGAUAUUUAUUUUUACACAAGAAGGAAUCAAAAUGUAACAUAUUAAGCAGUUAUUUUUAUAUUAUUAAUUGUAUAAAUAUUCAAAGUAAAUCUGUUUACAGUUUCAGCCUUAAAAUUCAUUCAAUAUAGGAUCUUAAAUUUAUUGUGAAAUUCUCAACAUCAAGUCCUCCUAGAUUUGAAAAUGCUUUUCAUAAACUGUUAUGAAAGCCUUGUAUAAAUGAGAUGACUUCAAUCCCACUUUACAAAUAGAUGUAUAGUCGUUUUGUGUAUAUUGAUUUAAUACAGUUAAUUACUCUUUGGAAUUAAAUAAGGACUCUGAAACUGAUAUGGGUUUACAGGGAAGAACAUCCCAAGCAGGGGUGGGUUCUACUUCCCUUUACUACCGGUUCGCAACGGGGCCGCGCAGAAGCAUUCUGAUGACAUCGGGGUCGGUGGGCAGAGCCUCCCGCCAGUUUUACUACCAGUUCUAUAGUUUUACUACCAGUUCUAUAGAAUCGGUGCGAACUGGGGGCAACCCAUCACUGUUCCCAAGUAAAUGUAUACAGAAAUUUUGUGCCUUUCUAAUGCUGUUUGUACAAUGUAUAAGUGCUGUUAUCAUGAUGGAAUUUAUUUUUAUGUUAUGUUUCUAAGCCAAAGCCAAUUUAAAUCUGAAAAAUUCGCAUGAACUGAAAACAUGAUGUGACAAAUAUGACGGUACAGUCUAGAGAUAAGAAAACCAUCCCCUGUAGUAACUGUAGUUAAUAAUUCAGGUACAAACAGAAGAAUAAUAAUUAUCCCUGUUGGAAAUCAUCUUAUGUAGGAAAAGACUUCCUUAACUGAAUAUCUGAUUUGACUUUCAAAAUGUAUUCACAGAUAUAUGACACAUAUUUCAUGGAAGACAUUUACUUUGGAAAAUGAAAAAAAUAUUUAAGUAAAAACUGAAGCAUAAUUCUAUAGGAUCAUGCGUAAAAGCCAAGUGAUUAUUUAACUCCAUAUUUCUAAUGCUGAAUAGCAAAAUAUAAACUAAUAUAUAUUUGUAAACUUGUAAAUCUGACAGAUUUAGCAAAUGCAUCUUGAGUGGUAUACAAGCAUGCCUGCAAAAUCCAUGUAGUUUGGUUGGGAAUAUAACAAGGUCAACAGGCAGCUUUAAAGAAACAUCUUUUUCUCUGAUGUAAUUUUCUUUAGAACUGUCUUGAGCGUCACAGAUGGUGUUUUUAAAAAUCCAUUGUUCUGCUAUAACAAAAUGGACAAACAGGCUAGCAUAUCUGUUUACAAUAGUUUGGUUGUUUAAUCCGCAUUAGUAGUUUCAAUUUUCAACUGUGGCAUUUCACUAGACUACUCUGAAACUCUUUUCAAGGUCAAUGGUUUUCAGAAUGUUUUUCUUAUCAACCUUGCAUUAAUAAAGGCAAUGCUUCUUA